GCGGAAGUCCCCGGGAUCUUGCUCCAUCGCUCCAAAUCGGGCUUUUGUUAAAAGGGGGACGGGAUUAAAAAAAAAGGUUUGCGUCUGGUAUUUCCCAUCUCCAUCUCCCAGUUUGCUGCUCGCCGUGCACCGGUCUGCGCAAUAGCAACGAGCGCGUGCCUGGACACUGAAGGGGAUUAAGUUACUGCUGCUAGCGGCGGAUUAUUUUAUUGGCCUCCUCUUGUCGAGUCUUCUGGUGAUCGUUUUUCCAAUUAAGAGAGGUCUCACAUAAACCAGACAUGUCUUUCCGUAGAGGUGUGGUCCGGCAGAGCAAAUUCCGUCACGUGUUUGCGCAAGCCUGGAAAGCCGAGCACUGCCUAGACGACGUCCGAGUGUCCCGGGUGACGUGGGACAGUCCCCUCUGUGCUGUCAACCCCAAGUUUGUUGCGGUCAUCAUCGAAGCAGGUGGAGGAGGAGCGUUCCUCGUUGUUCCCAUCACCAAGAGCGGUAGAAUCGACCAGUCCUGUCCCACCGUCUGCGGACACGCGGCGCCAGUGCUAGACAUCCAGUGGUCACCUCAUGACGACAACGUCAUCGCAAGUGCCUCGGAGGACUGCACAGUCAAGGUGUGGCAGAUCCCAGACGGAGGACUGACAUCCCCGAUGACUGAGGCUCUUGUGACCCUUGAGGGUCACAAUAAAAGAGUGGGAAUCCUGGCGUGGCACCCGAGUGCCUUCAACAUCCUCCUAACUGCAGGCUGUGAUAACGUGAUGUGUGUCUGGAACGUGGAUACGGGGGAGCUGGUGUACCAGAUCAGCAAUGCUCACCCAGAUCUGAUCUACAGCGUCAGCUGGAACAAAGAUGGCUCUGCUGUCUGCACUGUGUGCAAGGACAAAGCCCUGCGUGUCAUCGACCCCCGCAGAGGCACCGUCCUUAAGGUUAGAGAGAAGGUCCAUGAUGGUACGAGGCCCAUGAGAGCUGUGUUCCUCUCAGAUGGAAAAAUUCUGACUACAGGCUUCAGCAGGAUGAGUGAGCGACAGCUGGCUCUGUGGGAUACAAAAGAUCUCACGGAGCCAAUGGCUGUGCAAGAAAUGGAUACAAGUAACGGAGUUCUUCUGCCUUUUUAUGACCCCGAUACGAACAUGGUCUACCUCUGUGGAAAGGGCGACUGCACCAUUCGGUAUUUUGAAGUGACGGAUGAAUCUCCAUAUGUUCACUUCCUCAGUUUAUACAGCAGCAAGGAGCCUCAGAGGGGGGCGGGCUUUCUUUGUAAAAGAGGCGUCGAUGUCAAUAAGUGUGAAAUUGCCAGGUUCUACAAACUGCAUGAAAGGAAAGUGGAGCCAAUUUCAAUGACUGUGCCACGGAAAUCCGAUCUGUUCCAGGGAGACCUUUACCCAGACACUGCUGGUUUAGAGCCGGCUCUUCUGGCUGACGAAUGGAUCUCCGGGCAGGACUCUUCACCUCUUCUCGUCUCCCUGAGCGGUGGGUAUGCGGCCCCUCCAUCUAAACACAGGGACACCCUCAGAGGAAAGCCGAAGAUCUCCUCUCAGGACUCCGGGACUGGUGGAGCCACACUUUCAUCAGGGAAUGCAGCAGCUCCACCCACAUGUACACCAACCUCUGUCUCAAAGGAGACAGAGGAAGAGAUGCCACAAACACGAGUGGCCACAAGGGACACAGACGGCAACGCAGACAGGCCAAGGAGAGAGGAGGACAUGUUGACUGAGCUGCUAGCAGAAAUGAAGGCCUUGCGGGCUGUCGUGCUCGCUCAGAACCAGAGGAUUGAGCUGCUGGAGAGGCAGCUGGCCCGCAUUGAAGAUGGCGACGUAUGAGGAGGCAGGCGAUCCACUACGUUUAGAUAGUAUUCUUAACAAACUUAUAGAAUGUAGCUUUACUAGAGUUAAAAGUACCCUAAAAGCUGUGUGGGUGGAAGAACAUAGCAUAAAGAAUAACUGAGUCAGUUGUUUGUGAUUGAAAACGGUAUGUCAUCUGCAUAGAGGGACAUCCGCAGCAGGAAUCAUUUGAAUUUUAACAACAUUGUAGCAGCUAUUUGCAGCUUUGUGAAGUCUAUUCUUUAAUUCUGGAAGAAUCACUGCCUCAAAUUAAAGCUUAAAGCACUAAUACACAAUUCCAGAGGGUUGCAGAAGUUUAGCAGAGCAGCUACGUACCUCUUUUCUCUCUUAAACAUAAAAAAAUUUUACCACUAGGGGGUUUUCAUUCAGGUAGUUUUAACAGCUAAACUGUGAUGUAUCAGACUCUUUGUGUGACCUGUGUUUUUGUUUUUCUUUCUUUCACCGUGCAAAUCGUGUAAGUGGUAGGUGAUGAGGAAGUAGUUGAAAAUUAAUGUGUCUUAAUUUUGUUGUCAAUGAAGAAGCGCAACACUAACAAGAGAAGCCCCAAGCAACAGGAAGUUAAAUGUGAACUCUUGUGUUUCUUUUCUUUUCCAGUUUGCAGUAACAUAUGUGUCUGUGUUAAAUUAUGUACAGAGUUUAUAGUUCUUUUUAACAUUCAAAUUUUUUUGUUUGUCGUUGAAUGUGACUCACAUCAUUAGGCAUUAUUCUAUGUAUCGGUCACUUGUAGUAUGACAGAUGGUACUAAAUCCAGAUGCACUUCCAUUCUAACUUUGUUUCUGUAUGCACUGACCUCCAAACACUAACUGUAACAGUAACAGAGUCAAUGAGACCGUAUUGUGAAAAAAGAAUCAUUAAAACUUUAUUUUAUACUUUGCAAACAA